AUGGACCAGAUUGCUGCGCUCCAUUGGAUCAAGGAGAACGUUGCUGUGUUUGGUGGUGAUCCCACGAACGUCACACUAAUGGGUCAUGGGACUGGGGCGGCCUGCGUCCACUUUCUUCUUACUUCAUUAGCCGUACCGGAAGGCCUCUUGUUCCACAGAGCUGUUUUGAUGUCAGGUUCUGGUCUAAGCCCCUGGUCACUGGUUGCUGAUCCCAAUAAAUACGCAGCACUUGUUGCCUCACAUGCUAACUGUUCACCAGAUCUGACACCGCCAGCAAUUCUACGUUGCUUACGAGAGCGUCCAUUGGAGACACUAUUGUCAGCACCAGUCAAGGCACCAGACUUUUCCUAUGCUUUUGGACCCAGUGUUGAUGGAGUUGUGAUCGAUACAGGUGACAUGAUGGGAAAUCCUGAAUCAGGUUUUGAAUGGCAAAUGUCCAGAGCCCUUCAUGGAAAACCGGCAACUGCUGUCAACAUCAUCAACGCUGUGCUUAUGAGGGAGAGUGCUGUCAAUCAACUAACCAAAUAUGACCUCAUGCUGGGAGUGACGAAGGCUGAGGCUUAUUUUGCAUUCAGCGGAGAUGAUAUCCUAUUCGGAAUAGAGGCGGAUAGGAGAUCAAAAAUUCUUAAAGCGUUUGUUAGAAAUACCUACACUUAUCAUCUGUCCGAGAUAUUGGCUACAAUCAUCAACGAAUAUACCGAUUGGGAAAAGCCAGUUCAGCAUCCAGUUAAUAUUAGAGACGAAACACUAGAAGCAUUAAGUGAUGCCCAAGUGGUCGCUCCAAUUGUACUAACAGCGGACACUCAUUCUGCGCUGAGAAGGAACUCGUACCUUUAUGUCUUCGACUAUCAAACGAAGAAUGGAGAUUAUCCACAGCGGCAGGGCUGCAUUCAUGGAGAAGACCUGCCAUAUAUCUUCGGAGCGCCAUUAGUUGGUGGGUUAGCCCACUUCCCCACUAACUAUACAAAAGCCGAAGUGGCUUUAUCGGAAUCUGUGAUGUUGUAUUGGGGAAACUUUGCUAAGACUGGGAACCCAAAUGAAGCCCAAGACAGCGACCCUAUCCGAGCUGGAAGGCAAGACAGGGUCAGGAUGAAGAACUUUGAGUGGACAGCUUACGAAGAAGUUCACAAAAGAUACUUGAAUAUUGACCUCAAGUUGAAAUUAAAAAAUCAUUACAGAGCUCACAGAUUAUCCUUUUGGCUGAAUUUGAUCCCAGACCUACAUCGCCCUGGAGGCGAGGACGUACCACAAUCUCACCACCAAAUCGAACCCGAAGAUUCCUCUUUACAACCGACUUUGAAAACUUUUACCCCGCCAUUUAAGAAAGCUACAGAGAUCGUAUUACCAGACUCAGCUACUAAAAUCCCCUUCUUAACAAUGUUGAAUGUGACAGUACCGAUGAAUUUUAAUAUAAUCGGAAUGACUCAGAGUACAAUGACAGACGUUCACAAAACUGAUUCACAGAGUACAUCUACACCUGAAGAUGGUUUUGCUGCAUAUUCCACCGCUCUUAGUGUCACUAUAGCUAUUGGGUGCUCGUUGCUUAUUUUAAAUGUUCUUAUAUUCGCUGGUGUCUACUACCAAAGAGACAAAACCAGGAUGAACGGCCAAGGAGAUCCAAAUUCUCACCUGAAAAAACGCGUUGAAAACGGUCAAAUGCCCAACAAUAUUUGCGGUGACUUAGAAAGCGCUCUAUCUUUCCAAACUAGCCUUAAAAACGAUCCCGCCACUAUUUUAAGUCAUCACCAUGCACAUUCUCAUCACCAACUGCCACCACCUGAAUUUGCUGACCUUCCUAGUAAUAACGUUGCAGCGAUGGCUACCUUGCCUCGGGCCCCUCCACCGCCCAAAAUUGGCAAGAGUAACAUAAACACUCUAGCAAGCGGUCAGUUGCAAGAGAACCAGCCACUUCUCUCGCAUCAAAUGCAGAUGAUAAAUACAAACACAUUGACAAAGAAGAACACACAACUGAACGCCAAGUCGAAUGUGAGAAUGGAGGAGUUGCGAGUGUGA